GCCUUCACCUGCCCAUCCAUCUCUAUUAGCUUCUGAUACUGCGAUCCCUCCUGUUCCUGCAUUUACCGCUCUGGAAUCUACCAUCACAUCACUCACCUCUCACAUCACCUCCAUCCCCGCAAAGACACUGCACUCCUAUGUCCUGUCCCACCUCCAGGAUGCCCCAAUCCCAUUCUCGCUGCAUUCAUGACAUUCUUCGCUGAGCUCGUUCCAUCUUCGUGGCUUCAUUGCGUGCGCUGCCACAAGGACUAUGUGGAGGUCAAGAACGAUGACAGGAGUUGUCUGGUGCCACAUAAUGACAAGAGUGCCGAGGUCGAGCACAUUGGGAGGACCGCGAGAAGUGGCAGGCUCGUGAUCGAUCCUGGGAUGAUAUACAAGAUGCUGUGGGGAUGCUACGGUAAACUCACCGAGGGAGAUGGGGACCAGGGACCGCCCGAUGGCUGGUGCUAUGAGGGCAAACAUACAGUGUGUACUCUAAUCUUUCCUCAUCGUGCCCGCUUCUGUGCCGACUCGACUCCCCAAGAUGACAAGCUCGCCUCGUGCAUCUGGCUCAAUUGCUAUGGCAUCCAUGACCAGCUCCCGUGCACGAACCUGUGCAAGCAGAAGUGCAGCGUGAACCUCCGGAAGCCUGACAUCGACGAAGACAUGAGUGAAGGCAAGCCUGACAGUGGGGAAGACCACGUGAAGAGCAAAAGAAAGAUGGUGAGCAAGGGCAAGGGCAAGGUGAAGGCGAAGGCCGCUGCUACAGAGGACGAGCAUAUGGACAUGGACCAACAUGAG